AUGGACUUGUUGUCGAGUAGUUCGGACGAAGAAUGCUCGCCGCACGCGCCACCUUCGACGUCUUUCGUGUACAAGCCUCCAUCGCUGCCGACAAACCAACGUGACAAGCCAUCGAUGGCAUCCAUCUACAGCAGCAGUAGCGAUGACGACGACCUCGCUCUCACACCCAGCAAGCGCAACGAACUGAAACGACGACAUACCAUUUACAGCCAAAGCAGCAGCAGCAGCGACGACGACGACAUCUUUUCCAUCAACCGUCAACAUCCGCGAUACUCAGGGACCGCUGCGGCAAAGAAUUCAAUGCCUUUGCCCUCCACACCAGCUCCCACCGUCGGGAAAAUGUCGGCGAUUCAACACUUACUAUCUUUGAAUGCGAACGUGCUCUCGGAACCAGUCUUCCAGAAUUUGAUUCCUACGCCAUCGCCGCCACGCGAAAGCAGCGAAGUCGAACGCGCUGUUCUUUUGCCUCCUCAAGCACUUGCGGCCGCUACGCCAGUCGCGACCCGGUCUCCAUCCCCUAGCAAUGAAGCAACACCAGUGUCACAACACCGCCACAACAACCACAUCGCUGGGACUCCAUCCAUGGACGUAGCCCCGUUGUUUGCGAGCAAGCUUCAAUCUCCACCAACCACUCUUCCAGCGUACAUUUCUCCGUUUGGCCGUCAAAAGGUGACCGACCUGCCACCCGCGCCCCGCAGGAGCUUGGUAACACCGCCCAAGCCAGCCAAGAGCCAUCCACUUAGCGACGACGACUUGUGGUCAAGCGAUACUGACAAGCCUUCCGCAAUGCACGACUCCUCGACGAAGUCCAAACGCAAGCGGAAGAGCCCCUUGCCAGUGCUGUUCUCGACGGCAGCAGCAAAUCCCAAGCGUGCGCGACCACAAGAACGUAAAUCGAGUCGGCCGCCUUCCCUGGCUUUACCGACAGACGCCCCCAAUUCUGACGACUUGGACCUUGAAUUGGACCAGACAUGGCCACAAUUGCCUCCGCCAGAGGAUGCGACCGAAGCCGCGCCGCCGUUGGUGCUGCAAGAGUCGGAUCCCGUCAUCCAAGUCCACGGCCACUUCAACCAAUACUUGCUGCCGUAUCAGCGCGAGGGCGUCCGGUGGUUGUUCGACGCCGUGCGCGGGAACCGUGGCGCCGUCCUCGGGGACGACAUGGGCCUCGGCAAGACAGUCCAGAUGCUCGCGCUGCUGUCGGCAGUGCUCUUCAAGCAGGGCAGUGCACGGACAGAUAAGCGCCGACGUCAUGCCCCACACAAUCCAAAUGCGCCAGGACCGAUUUUGGUCGUUGUGCCAGCGUCGCUCUUGGCCAACUGGGAACUCGAGUGCAAGGUCUGGAUGUGUUGCAACGUUGCUGUGCUCCAUGGCAAACCACACCAUCGCCGCGACAUUCUCGACGAGAUGACUCGGAGCAGCAGCCACGCGUACGAAAUCGUAUUGUGCAGCUACGACAUGCUGAAGUUGCAUCUGGCACAGCUCACUGCCAUCGAGUGGUACAUCAUCGUGAUGGACGAGCUCCACAAUUUGAAAAACCCCGAGGCGCAAAUGACCAAGGCUGUGCACAAGCUCAAGUGCAAGCGCAAGCUCGGGUUGAGUGGUACGCUGAUGCAAAACAAUGCGGACGAACUGCACUGUGUCCUCGACACGAUCCAUCCGAAUUGCCUCGGGUCGCUGCACGACUUUCGGGCGUUUUACAUUGACGACAUCAAGUUUGCCCGCAAGAAAUCCGCUGCCCCCCAGGCCAUUGCCCGAAGCGAGGCCAAAGAACGCCAGCUGCGCGCGCUCCUGCAACCGUACUACCUACACCGCGACAAAUCGGUGAAUCCCCAGUUCACCCGCAUCAAGAAAUUUGAUCAAGUCGUGCUGUGUCCACUUACCAAACUUCAACGAUCUGUCUACGUUCGUGUGACGAUGCUGCCCGAGUUCCAGGCACUGAUGAACCCCGACACGAAGGAGGUCGAUGCGGGGGUGCUGUGGCACCAUGUCCAUCCCACGGGCGACAAGUGCGCGCAGUGCCCGCUCAAUUGCAUCCAGUUCCUCGCCAUGACGCAGCUUCUCAAGAUCGCCAACCAUCUCGACUUGAUUCGCGUCAACCGGGCCGACCCCCCCGACCAACAAGCUGCCACGAAAGCAUUUGCCAAAGUUGCCUUCGGCCCCGAUGUGGACGCAGCUGGUGGUCUUUAUCGUGCGGCGGGCCUGUUUGACAAAAUGAACUUGGCACUGUGCGGGAAAAUGCAGGUACUUGCUGGACUCUUGGAGCGGUGGCGCGGUAAGCGGGAAAAGGCAUUGGUGUUUAGCAGAAACGUGCGCAUGCUCGACAUCUUGCAAGCGUUUGUCAUUUCACAAGGACUGGCGUACGUGCGGCUGGACGGCGGGACGAGAGUCGACGACCGGUUGAAUCUCGUCCACACAUUUAACCAAGACCCGUCGUUGGGGGUGUUUCUCAUCAGUACGAAAGCUGGUGGCCUCGGACUAAACAUUACGAGCGCGACGAAUGUGGUCGUUUUUGAUCCGAGCUGGAAUCCCGCCCACGACUGCCAGGCACAAGAUCGGGCGUACCGCAUCGGCCAGACCAAGGACGUGCAUGUGUAUCGGUUGGUUACGCUUGGCACGAUUGAAGAAAUGAUUUACGCCCGGCAGAUAUACAAGCAGCACAUGACGGACACGACGGUGGAUGGCAAGGCCAUGCCGCGGUACUUUGAAGCGAUACAGGGAGUCAAAAGCCAGCAGGGCGAACUGUUUGGGGUGAAAAACCUGCUCCGGUUUCAACCCCAUGGCGUGAUGAAGUCGAUUCAAGAUCGCAAGAUCGGUCGCGUCGAGGCCGCAGGCCCGAUCAACCACGACGAUGGCCAAGACGAUGCCGGACAUGACGUUGUCAUGGUCGACAACGCCGUGGACCUGACCCAGGGUGGUAGAGGCGACGUCGCCGAGACAGAUUGGCAGGGCGUCGUCGAAGAGCUGGCCCUCAGUCAACCCAUCGCACGACAACCCGACCCCAAAACCACCGCCACGGCAUCCCCCGUGAAAACCCCGCGCAAGUUGUACGUCCCCCAGUACCUCCAACCCAAGCCAGACAUGCCACCGAUUGAAUAACAUGAGCCAUGGAAUGAAG